AUGUCCGAACCAGCUCAACAACCAAAAGCAGAAUCUAAGCCCAAGCCAUGUUGUGUCUGCAAGCCAGAGAAAGAGGCCCGUGAUCAAUGCUUAUUAAUAAAUGGUCAAGACUCAGGAAAAUGUGAUGACUUGAUUUCCCAAUACAAGGUCUGCAUGAAAGGAUUCGGGUUUGACACUAACUAG